AAACUCUUAUGAAACAAAGUAGACCAGCAGCAGAAAGCAGGUACAGGGAGACAAGAGGGAUUCUCAAGCUGAGGUUACAAUCACCCACCCGGCACACAGCACUUCCUCGCACAUCAAAACCGAGGGAAGAAAUGCUUCUUUCUUUGGGCUUGACAUAAAUAUCACCUCCGGGGAGCCAGCACAAGAAUAAGAUGGCCCCAAAUUCCAUCCACUGGUUCCGGAAGGGCCUCCGUCUCCAUGACAACCCAGCAUUACGGGAGGCGGUCCGGGGGGCGGGCACAGUGCGCUGUGUUUACUUCCUGGAUCCAUGGUUUGCGGGCUCCUCCAACGUCGGGGUCAACAGGUGGAGGUUUCUCCUGCAGUGUUUGGAGGAUCUGGACGCCAACCUUCGGAAGCUCAACUCCCGGCUUUUUGUCAUCAGGGGCCAACCAGCCAAUGUGUUCCCACGGCUCUUUAAGGAGUGGAAGAUCUCUCGGCUGACCUUUGAGUACGAUUCGGAGCCUUUCGGGAAGGAGAGAGAUGCUGCCAUCAAGAAGCUGGCCAUGGAGGCAGGGGUGGAGGUCAUUGUCAAGAUAUCACACACCCUCUACGACCUGGACAAGAUCAUAGAGCUGAAUGGCGGGCAGCCUCCUCUCACCUACAAGCGUUUCCAGACUCUGAUCAGUCGACUGGAUCCUCCUGAGAUGCCUGUGGAGACACUGUCAGACACCUUGAUGGGUCGCUGCGUUACCCCCAUCUCUGAGGACCAUGGAGACAAGUACGGGGUCCCAUCCCUGGAGGAGCUAGGCUUUGACACCGAGGGCCUGCCUUCAGCUGUGUGGCCAGGAGGAGAGACUGAGGCUCUGACCAGGAUAGAGCGCCACCUGGAGAGAAAAGCAUGGGUGGCUAAUUUCGAGCGCCCCAGGAUGAAUGCCAACUCGCUGCUGGCCAGCCCAACAGGCCUCAGCCCCUACCUGCGCUUUGGCUGCCUCUCCUGUCGUCUUUUCUACUUCAAGCUCACUGACCUCUACCGCAAGGUGAAAAAGAACAGCUCCCCUCCACUCUCUCUGUAUGGCCAGUUACUGUGGCGUGAGUUCUUCUACACCGCAGCGACCAACAACCCACGCUUUGACAAGAUGGAGGGUAACCCCAUCUGUGUGCGCAUCCCCUGGGACAAAAAUCCAGAAGCACUCGCCAAGUGGGCUGAGGCUAAGACAGGCUUCCCCUGGAUAGACGCUAUCAUGACUCAGCUUAGGCAGGAAGGCUGGAUCCAUCACCUGGCCAGGCAUGCGGUGGCCUGCUUCCUCACCAGGGGGGACCUGUGGAUCAGCUGGGAGGAAGGGAUGAAGGUCUUUGAGGAGUUGCUCCUAGAUGCAGACUGGAGUGUGAACGCAGGCAGCUGGAUGUGGCUGUCCUGCAGUUCAUUUUUCCAGCAGUUUUUCCACUGCUACUGCCCCGUGGGCUUCGGCCGGCGCACCGACCCCAACGGGGACUUCAUCAGACGAUACUUACCUGUCCUCCGAGGUUUCCCUGCUAAGUUCAUCUACGAUCCAUGGAACGCACCGGAAUCUGUGCAGGCGGCCGCAAAGUGCAUAAUCGGAGUCCAUUACCCAAAGCCCAUGGUGCAUCACGCAGAGGCAAGCCGACUCAACAUCGAGAGGAUGAAGCAGAUCUACCAGCAACUUAGCCGAUACAGGGGACUGGGCCUGUUGGCAUCAGUACCAUCCACGAAUGGGAACGGGAACGGAGGAAUGAUGGCCUACUCUCCCGGAGAGCAGCAGCCAGGGACCAACAACAACAACAACAACUCACAUUUGCCUGGAGUGUCGGGAAGCUCUGUUGCUACUGGUAAUGGCAGCGGGAGCAUCCUUCUCAACUUUGACAGUGAAGAACAGACGGGGCCGAGCAGUGUUGGACAGCAGCAACAACGACUGCAGCCGCUGUCGCAACAGCAACAGCAACAGCAUGGAUACCACUCAGUGCCAGACGCCAGCCAGACCAUCACCAGCAGCCGACUCUACCACGAGUUUGCUGUGCCUCAACACCCAGGACUCCUCCUGCACACCAGAGGGGGCAUCACAGGAAAGCGGGAGCGGGAGUCGGAACGUGAAGGGUCGGGCGAGGAAGACCCGGCAUCCUGCUCCAUGCAUAAGAUGCAGCGGCAGAGUGCAGAGACUACCUAGAGCAGGUGGAGAUGAGACUGGCUGAAUCCACAUUUGAGUCACCAUCCGGGCAGCAGAGAGAGGAAAUCCCAACGUUGCCACCUGUCCUCCAAACCGACGCAGCUCCAGACACGACCGCCUCGGCCUCCUCAAACGAUCUUAAACUGCUCUCUGUCUUUACAGUCAGAAAUGCCCCGGGGUGUAAACAUGAAGGUGAAAAUGUGACACUCUUGACACCAUUUCUACAGUGGCAUUUACAUCAUAGUCCAUUGACCUCUGACCUCAUUGUGCACUGACAGGUGUGGCGACUGCAGAGGAAUGUGCAAAUAAACAAAACGCCUCAAACUUACAGCUCGACAAAUUAUUUGUAAAAAAAAAAAAAAUAAAGAACGAAAAAACUGCAUUAUUGUCUUAAAACUGCUGCCACCAGCCAGUAUAUACUGUACGAACACUGACGCAGCUAUAAAUGUAAGUAAUGGAAUAUUUAAUGUUUUUUAAAGCUGCAAAUACUCCACCAAACACCUUGUCUGCCCUUUCAUACACUGAUAUAAAACCAAGCUAAUUAUGUCAGGGUUUACAGAGAAUCUUUUCUACUUUUACUAAAGCUUUAUAUCGUUUAAGUUCUAAUAUGCUUCAUCCCAUAGUGUUAACCAGGAAAACACCAUCACCAACACACAAGUAGACCAGACAGUCACUCCACAACAUGGAAUAUGUUUUUUCACAAAUUUAACUUAACAUUGGAAAAACACUGUUUAUACUGAUAUUAUAUGUUGAUGUUUCUCGUGAUGAAACGCUUGUACAUAGGCUAAUUAAGAGGUUUUUUUUAAAUAGCUUUUCCCAGAAGAUAAGAAUCUGGACAUCCAAAAAUGAAGGACGGGUUUUAGCUAUCUUUAAACUGUCAUGUUACUUACUAGUACUGUGUUAUCAAUCCUGAUUUUACCAGGCAAAGUGACUAAAAGCACAUGUGUAUUCACAGUAAUAGCCUGGCAGGUCAUUUCAGGGACUUUGCUGAAACUAUUUGAGUAAUUUCUCUGCUUAAAUUUCUCUAGUUUGCAUGUAAAUACAGAGUUGUUCAGGCACUUGAGGUCCAAUUGGUGAGUGAGCAUGAUAUCCUCCUUCUCAAUACAAAUGUGACUAUUCACAGUUGAUUUCAUGGGAACAUCUACCACUGCCUCGUUAGCGUGUGUGCUCAAUUGAUUUGUAUCGGCAGCUAAAAACGGUGGUUCAGUAUUUAAGACGUACAGUACGUGCAUCUCAGAGUUAAAUAUAUAUGAUAGAUAACAAACCGAUUUCAGUUGUUGGUCUUUUAAAAAACGUGUUUACAGUGUGUUACUGUAGAUUAGUUAGAGACAUGUUUUAAAACUGCCUUUAGAAUAUGGCUACAAGAGUUCAUGUGUAGCUUUCGUGGCGCCUGUGUCAUCAGAGGUGGACAUGUAGCUGAACACUUGAAUCGUCAAGUAAGUGUGCUGCAGUUUCUUCUUAGGUUUUUCUGUUUAGGUUAUUCUGUUUUUUUGUGAAACCAUUUAGAUCCCGAGCCUUUCGUGGCACGUAGAUUUCAAAUUGUCAUGAUUCCCAUUAACAUCAGUCAAACAUGAGCAGGCUCUGUUCUGUAUGGUUAUUGAGAAUUAGUUUUUUUUUUCACAUACUAUCUUCAUCUUAAGUGAUUUGUUGUAGAAUGUUUUAGCAGUCUGCUCACAGCUGUUUACCAUCAGAGCCUAGACGAUCCUUCUACGAUAUUCCACAAAACUUCGUUUCACUUCACCCCUCAAAAGUCAGUCACAUUUUCACCACCCUGUUUCCCCCACAAAAACUGAUUAUACCCACAGAAGUUUCAUGACUUAUCUCUGAAGUAUUCUGUUGUUCGAAAAUCUAAACUUUAACUUAACUUUUUUUCCUUUUUUUUUGUGAAACUCUUUCUGCCAAAACACAUCUCUGUUGAUUUGGGAGAGGAUGUGGUUAGAGGUGACGUCUGUCAAAAAUCAUGAGGACCGAGAACUCGGGCAGUUGGUUCCAAUCUCAAAAGGUGUCACAUUUUUUCUAACAUUUCUUAUAAAAACCAAAAAAGUUGCUAAACAAAAAAGGAAGGAAGACAAUAUCCAACAAUAAGUUGAGACAACACAGUAAAAGACAGGUGACAGCAUCUGAUCCAAAAUGAGCCUAAUUCUGUCAGAAAAACAGAAACCAACAUUCCUCAGAAACAAAUAUACCCUCCUGAUGAAGGAUUUCUACUACUGUACAAGGAGUUUAACAAUAUAUAUGUAUGGCUACUUGCGACAUUUUGUGACCUGAAUAUGUUUGAAACUGAACUCUGACUAAAUAUAGAUGUGUAAUAACUGAAAAAUAGCUGUUAAAAAAACUGCCGCAAAACGACCACGAUUUGAUGCGUUGAUUGACAGUAAAACAAAUGAGAAGGGUCACAAAAUGGCCGCUAUAAAGUUGUCAAUGAGAGGAUUUGUGUAACAGCAUUGUGAAGAUGAAGUUGGUGUCUUAUUUAGGUUCCAUCCACCCUCCACUAUCACCUUUACUCCUGGUGAGAAGGAUGCAGUUGAAUUGAACCAGAGAAUGUAGGAUUCCCCCAUAAAUUACACCCAGAUGUUAAUGGUGAUGUUAAUACUCCCACCUUACACAGUAGGGGUGUAACAGUAUCUGUGUUAAUGUGAAACGGUCAUUGUGUGGAUGUUAGAGUUCAGGGCAUGCAGUGGCACGCACGAACAUAAACCAAAUUUCACAAGCGCAAGUUCCACCCACAAACCUUAAGCUGCACGUUGUUAGCAAGUUAGCAGUACGCCAUCCUAAACUUAGCUCAAGCGGAUUGGAGAGCAAGUGGGGGAUUGAAAUGAGGACAGUGUGUCAGUGUUGCCCAACAGUUGCAGGAUAUGUGUGGGGAGGUAUCACCCAGAUGUGCCAAUCACCCACUGUUGCACUAACGACUGAUGGAUUCGUUCAUUCAUUGUAUAGAACUCAUUCCGAACCGUGACGUCUGUGUACCGUUACACCCCUACUAUACUAUACUAGUAUACCUACUAUACUACUCUGGCAUACGCCCAAAAGCUAAAUAUUCGAUUUCUUGUGCCCAAACCAACAACUGGAACCAGUUGAUUAAUUCUGCGUCUCAGAUGAUAAAUGUGUUUUAUAUUUGAGAAUUUAUGGUACAUGCAUACACAUUAUCAUGAAUUAUGUUCCAGCACAAGCCUUUUACACACACACUUUCACAUGUUUAAAACACACAAGUCCUGAAAAAAGUUAUACACACACAAAUACAUUCACAUACACACACUACUGCCACAAAUUAUUCAAAAUCUGACACUGGUGCACACACACAUUCUCCACACACACACACACACACACACACACACACAGCCUUUGCGAUGGUUAGACAGGAGAGAACAGAGAGUUUCCUCAAGUCUGCUAAAAACCCCAAUCUGCUAUCCAGCUCUGUUUAUAACUGCAUGAUUGAGACAAUGACAAUUUUCUACUAAUGAACUGGCGAUUGGAAACUAUACCUCUUGUGUUUACUCAUAUGUUGUAGGCCAAGCUGACAAACAGAGGAGAAGCUUUUUCUCUCAGCUAAAAUCAACUGAAGCUUUGGAAUUGGAAUGAGAGAAUCAUCAUGUUCUGUAAUUUCUGAUUAGCAGAAUUCCCAUUCUUUCUUGCUAUUGGUAUUAUAAGAGACAAAUCAAAAACUUAGAUGAUGAAAUUAAAAAUUUGGGCUGACCAGUGAUGAUUAAACCACCAUCACACUCACAACAGACAGCUUUUAGCGCCUUUUUAGAAAGCAGGCGGCUUUUAGCAAGUAGUUAAAGAGUUUAUAUUCUUGAAAUUAAUUAACACCAUCUGAAUUUGAAAAAUCCUGCAGACUGGGGGUGUAGAUGUAAGUUCUGGUUUCAGUGGAGCCGCGAUGACUCAUGUCUGUGUACAGUACUUGAUAUUUGUUCAUCUGUGAUCGUACUGCCCUCGGCUUCAGGAGUAACAUAGAGGGUGGGGUGGGUGUUUGGGGGGGGGUAAAAAGUAUUGUAGUGUUUCUGUAUUAUAAUUCUGUAUGUUCUCAAGAGGAUUUGAACAUUGCUAGUUUUUUGUAGCUUUAUCACCAUGGAAAAACAAGUUGAACCAAGUUUUUAUUCUCGCUUUAUUAUUAUUAUUUUUUUUUGUUUUACUUUGUUUUUUUCUGUUUUGUUCUCCCUUCUGUGACAUGAAGGUGAAAACACAUGCCAUCUAUCAUCUCUGUAAUAUUGUGCUCUUUCUCUGUCUCUCCCAGUGUUGUGAAAGGCUUUUCUUGUGCUUGAUCAAGUUCAUGACAGGAAAUUAAAAUUGUUAUAACUUGA